AUGUCGAGCUGUGGUGUAUGCGUCAAGAAUAUUAAAAUUAAUCAAUCUAAACUCACCUGUUUUGACUGUAAACGAGAUUUCCAUGCGGCAUGUUUGAAAUAUAGCAAGGCUGACGUGGAUUGCCUAAAUGAAGAGGGUCUAGUUUGGAGGUGUAAGGACUGUCAAUCCACGAGGAGGAAAAGCAUGAGACUCGAGUCUGCAGCAGAUGAAGGUAAACUAUCUCUCGAAGAUAUCAUGAAAGUGGUUACCGAUAUAAGAGAUAGCCAAGCAAAAUAUGAGAAAAGUUUUAAUAGGGCCUGUGAAUCAAUGGACUCACAGCUCAUAGAGAACACCAAGGCACUUAAAGCACAACAGGAGCAGAAUGAGAAACUUUAUCAGCUGAUUGAGUCUAUCACAUCGGAGAACAAGGAGCUGAAGAAGAAGGUGAGAGCUCUGGAAGAUCGUCUGGAGAACAUAGAGCAGUACUCUCGCAGUAACUGUGUGGAGAUUCAAGGAAUCCCUGUAACUUCCAAUGAAGAUGUGUUGACCAUCGUGAAGGACGUCGGCAAGGCACUGGACUUAACCGUAUCUGACACUAUGGUGGACGCGUGCCAUAGACUUGGUGCCAAGCAGAGUGGAAACAAUCCGCCGGGGAUUAUUGUGAAGUUCGUUCGUCGACUGGACAAGGAGGAGUUUCUACAGAGGCGACAUGUGAAGAGGACCCUCUCAACUCGUCACAUCGGUGCAACUGAUGACCGUCCCAUCUACGUCAACGAGUCUCUAUCACCGGCGAGACGGGCGCUGUACGCUCUGGCGAGGAAGUAUCAGCGCGAGAAAAACUUCAAGUUCCUCUGGGUGAGAAACGGCAAGAUCUUCCUGAGGAAAGAAGAAAAAGGCGCCAGUCAGAGUUAUCACACGAGAGGAGGACUUGGACUAAACUAA